CUAAUGUUUAUUUCACUGUUUUAUGGACUAUAUUUUUGGAUACAACGUUAUUAGCCUGCUAUAGCGUGACAGAAGCCCAAAAGCUAGCCAGCCUCCGCUAGCUGUUAGCAUCUGCUUAGCUCACGUUUUGACAGCAGCAGGUCAGCAUGAGGGAAUAUUUGAAAUAUUUGCCGCCUCCGUUAUCGUGUUUGGUCGCCGGUGACACGUUCCUGGUGCCCGCGAUGCAGCUUUUCACGCUCGUAGUGACGACGUUGUUGUCACUGUGGUAACAAUAUAGAUUGUUGUGGCUAUAGCGAGAACGUCAUGCUAGCUGCGGGCCUGCCACAAAUUAGCCAAAGAUUUCCCUCUUGGAGUGAAACCUCCCACCAUUUUUAAAGCCUCCUCCUAUAUACUGUUCCUCGUGGUAUUAUCAUUAAAAUACUUAAUGCACUAUAAAUGCUAUUGCAUCCUGAAUGAGUUAACCUGUCGGCGUCGUAAUUUAGAUAUACAGGAGAUGAUAUAUUAGACAAGGGUUUUUCAACCACUGUGCCGCGGCACACUAGUAUGCCGUGGGAGAUUAUCUAAUUUCACCUAUUUGGGUUAAAAAUAUUUUUGCAAACCAGUCUUUGGUGUCUGCAAAUGAUGUGUUAAGUGUCGGUGCUGUCUAGAGCUCGGCAGAGUAACCGUGUAAUACUCUUCCAUAUCAGUAGGUGGCAGCCAGUGCUGAUUGCUUUGUAGAUGUCAGAAACAGCGGGAGGCAGUGUGAAGGUAAAAUUGAGUAUAAUGCUUAAACCGAAAAUAAACAAACGGUGAAUGCCCCUAAGAAAAAGUAAUUGAAGGCUGUGCAGAACAAAACCAAAACUGAACUGGCUACAAAGUAAACAAAAACAGAAUGCUGGACGACAGCAAGGACUUACUGUGGAGCAAAGACAGUGUCUACAAAGUACAUCAGAACAUAACAUGACAAUCAAAAAUGUCCUCACAAAGAACUAUAAAAACAACAAAAAUUUUCUUGAUUGCUAAAACAAAGUAGAUGCGGGAAAUAUCGCACAAAGGAACACAUGAAGUUGGUACAGGAAAAUACCAAAAAAAGAGAAAAAGCCAUUAAAAUAGGAGCGAAAGACAAGAACAACAACAGUACACACAGGAAUACAGCAAUAAACUCCAAAUAAGUUGGGGUGAUGUGACAGGUGGUGACAGUACACUUACUUUGAGAUAAGAGCUAUAGCGAUGCAUGCUUGGUUAUGCUGUAAAGUCAUACCCAACAAGUGCAACAACGAUUUUUUACUGUCAACUGAGUUUUGUUUUUUAAUGAUGUCCGCUGGUGGUCUGCCUCUGGAUUUUUUCAACGGAAAAAAUGUGCCUUGGCUCAAAAAAGAACUUCAGUGUGAGAUGGGGGAUGACCGCCCAUUUGUCUGUUCUGCCCCUGGCUGCGGGCAGGGCUUCACCAACGAAGAUCAUCUUGCUGUGCAUAAACACAAGCAUGAAAUGACAUUGAAAUUUGGUCCUGCGAGGACAGACUCUGUCAUCAUAGCAGACCAGACUCCCACACCCACUCGUUUCCUGAAGAACUGUGAGGAAGUUGGACUAUUCAAUGAGCUGGCCAACUCCUUUGAACAGGACUUUUGUAAAGCACAGGAUGAGGAGCAAAGGGCAAAAAACCUGGCUGCAGCGUUACAAUCACAAGGUGCAGCUCCACAAACCCAAAGAGCGGCAAAAGAAGAAGAUGAGGAUCCUUUAGAAGUAGAUUCUUCUCCUCCUGAUAGUCCAGAUUCUUCCUCCUGCAUGUCAGACGACAGCAAAGACUCCAGGGAGAUUCUGACAAAGCCAAGUUCUGCCCCGACUCCAACCAUUGUGCGUCCAGGUUCUCUGCCUCUACACCAUAGCAAUGAUUUGCUACACCCUACGCUGCCAUCUCCCACGUCUGUCAUCACGCAGGCUCCGCCCUCCAACCGCCAGCUCAGCUCACCAACAGGUUCAUAUCCGCUAGUAAGGCACCUUGCUAACGGGCAGACAGUCCCUCUUCUGCCCAGUCCUGUUCAGCUGACUUCAGUCAUAUCUCUGGCAAGACCUGGCAAAACUGUGCCCAACAUCCCUGGGAUCCCAGGUCCCCAAGUGGGCGGGGCCAGCAGCGGUUCAUCUUCACCUUCAGGGUAUCAUCUGCAAUCUGAGACCAAGAUGCGUUUGAAAGCAGCCCUGAGUAAUCAAGGCAUAGGAGCGCACGAAGGCGGUAGCGGGGGGGCGGGAUCCUUCCCAGCUGUUCCCCAGAGGCAGGAACACGGCCAGCAGCCCACUCAAAAUUCAGAUGCACCAUCACCUGCCCAACCACAGGUGUCCCCUGCACAGCCAACCGGGGGCCGGCGGCGGCGAGCCUCCGAGAUGGACCCCGACGAGAGGAGGCAGCGUUUUCUGGAGAGGAACCGAGCAGCUGCUUCACGCUGCAGGCAGAAGCGAAAGCUGUGGGUGAACUCUUUGGAAAAGAAGGCGGAUGAUCUCGCCAGCAUGAACAUCUCGCUAACGAAUGAAGUAACACUGCUGAGGAACGAGGUGGCUCAGCUGAAGCAGCUCCUCCUGGCCCACAAAGAUUGCCCCGUCACUGUUAUGCAGAAGAAAGCCGCUUUCUUAGCUGCAGGAGGAGAGGAAGCCUCUCGAGAGACCUCCGCCGAGCCCAUCGGAUCCCCAGCAGCUGUUAUCCAACACGGGUCGUCGCCCGCCGCUCCGCCCUCCAGCCCGGGGCCCACCAUCAACGGCAUGAGCGUCCGCGCCGCAGAAGCGGUGGCUAUGUCAGUCUUGGCUGGCAUGGGAUCGGGCCAGCCCGGAGGGGUCGUCAUGGUGACGCAGUCCCAGUCAACACCGAGAUGAUGUGCCGACGCAGGUAGCCAGUAUAGACUCGAGUGGCAUUCGGAGGCCGGACAGUUGCAGGACGGUAUAACGGAGGGAGCCUCCAUCACUCCCACACCCUCAGACUAGGACCCUCGCCUCCCAUCACGCCAAUGAUAAUCACACAAAGACAUCGGGCUGCCGCUAGCCCAUACUGUCUCCGUGUCUGUAAAUAGGGAAAACACUCUGGGAGAUGUGGGCUCCUGUUCAAAAGUUCUUGUUUGAAUGAGAAGUAUGAAAGAAAAAUCUUUAAAGCUCACUUUUAUCAAUCCCACACGAAAUCCAGUGCCUGUCUCUGUGUGGCCCAAAAACUAAAUUAUAAAGAAUUAGCAAUCUCCCCCCCCCCCACACACACACACACACACACACACAUACACACACCAACCUGUUAGCACACGCCCAACAAUGUUUUACUAAUGCGGUGACCUUCCGCUGAAGUGCGGGUGGCUCAAUGCAGACUGUUGUCACUUUCUGCUUUGUUUUUAAAGCAUUUCUCUCUCCUUUUUAACUAUCUACACCAGGGAUAUCCAAAGUGCAGCUUGUUUUUAAUUGGCACCGGGGUAUAUACAAAAAUAUUAAUCAAGAAAGUUGCAGCAAAAAGAGCAUUUUAAUGAGAAAUCAUUUAUAAUGAUAACAUGCUUCGUCUCCUGCACACUAGAGCAGGGGUCACCAACGCGGUGCCCGCGGGCACCAGGUAGCCCGUAAGGACCAGAUGAGUCGCCCGCUGGCCUAUUCCAAAAAUAGCUUAAAUAGUCUCACUUACCAGUGAGCUGCCUGUAUUUUUUAAAUUGUAUUUAUGUACUAGCAAGCUGGUCUCGCUUCGCUCGACAUUUUUAAUUCCAAGAGACAAAACUCAAAUAGAAUUUGAAAAUCCAAGAAAAUAUUUUAAAGACUUGGUCUUCACUUGUUUAAAUAAAUUCAUUUAUUUUUUUACUUUGCUUCUUAUAACUUUCAGAAAGACAAUUUUAGAGAAAAAAUACAACCUUAAAAAUGAUUCUAGGAUUUUUAAACACACAAAACUUGUUACCUUUUAAAUUCCUUUCUUUUCUUUCCUGACAAUUUAAAUCAAUGUUCAAGUAUUUUUUUCUAUUUUAUUGUAAAGAAUAAUAAAUACAUUUUUAUUUAAUUCUUCAUUUUAGCUUCUGUUUUUUCGUCGAAGAAUAUUUGUGAAAUAUUACUUCAGAUUUAUUAUGAUUAAAAUUCAAAAAAAUUAUUCUGGCACAUCUAGAAAAUCUGUAGAAUCUAAUUUAAAUCUUAUUUCAAAGUCUUUUGAAUUUAUUUUAAAAUUAUUGUUCUGGAAAAUCUAGAAGAAAUAAUGAUUUGUCUUUGUUAGAAAUAUAGCUUGGUCCAAUUUGUUAUAUAUUUUUAACAAAGUGCAGAUUGGAUUUUAACCUAUUUAAAACAUGUCAUCAAAAUUUCAAUAUUAAUCAGGAAAAAUUACUAAACAAUGUUCCAUAAAUAAUGUUUUUCAUUUUUUCAAAAAUAUUCGAAUUAGCUAGUUUUUCUCUUCAUUUUCUUUGGUAGAAUUUUGAAUUUUAAAGAGUCAAAAUUGAAGAUAAACUAUGUUUCAAAAUUAAAUUUUCAUUUUUUUUUUUAGUUUUCUCUUCUUUUAAACUGUUCAAUUAAGUGUUUUUUCAUCAUUUAUUUUCUACAAAAAACCUUCCGUAAAGGAAAAAAAAAUGGAAUGACAGACAGAAAUACCCAUUUUUCAAAUAUAUAUAUAGAUUUAUUUAUUAAAGGAAAAUUGAGCAAAUUGGCUAUUUCUGGCAAUUUAUUUAAGUGCGUAUCAAACUGGUAGCAUUAAUUAAUGAAUUAAAUAAUUCGCAUUAAUCAGUACCCAAGAAGUAGCUCUUGGUUUCAAAAAGGUUGGUGACCCCUGCACUAGAGAGAUGUGGAGGAGAUGCAGAGAUGCAAGCUGUUUGUUUUCAUAGCAUAUCUACACUGAAUUGACUUUUAGCCUUUUAACAAAAUGCUAAAUAGUACGUUUUUUGUAAAAUUUGGACACUGGCUGGCCCAAAUAUUGACAGUAAUUUAGUUGGAUCGCCUUUAGCUUUAAUUCCAAAACACAGGUCUCGUGUCUACGUCACAAUCAAUCAUUUGUGUGCAGACAUAAGAGCAGCCUACAAUAUUAUCAUGUUUAUGUUUGCUCACUGUUGCUUAUUCAUCCAUCCAUUUACUACCGCUUUUUCCCUUUUGGGUCGCGGGGGGCGCUGGUGCCUAUCUUAGCUACAAUCGGGCGGAAGGCGGCGUACACCCUGGACAAGUCGCCACUCAUCGCAGCACUGUUGCUUAGAUUUUCACUUGUACAUUCUUUCAAUAAAACUUGAUUGUAUCACCCAACAUUUUCUUUAACACCCUACUUACUGGAUGAGAUUAAUUCCAGUGUUUCUCAUGCAUUAAUUGAAGCUACAUUUUCACCCUGGCUUAUAAACUCACUUUUAUGGGAGUGUUCGCGAAUGUAUCUUUGUUCUUACAACUGGCCCAUACAAUAGGUGGCGGCAUGCAUUGUAACUACCUUUCUUCGAACGAAUGAUAAGCACUUGGUCUGCCGGAGAAUAAGACGACGUGGUAGGAGAAAUCCGGGUUGCCAACACUUAUUUAGCCAUUAUUUAAAACCAUUUUGAUACUUUUUUUUCAAGAUGAAUCUAGCCACCCUUUCAUGUCAUUUGACACUUUAGGAAACUAACUUAACGAUCCACAAGUCCUGCUGUACCCCACAUAUCAGUUGUCUUACACUAACCUGUCAAAUUUGGGCCUGGCAGUGUAUUUCAUACUUGGAGUAAUUGUUCCUGAAUAACAUUUAUUUUAGUGCUUUACAAGCCCGCUGAGUGUUGCCAGACCGCUUUCAUCUUCAACAAUCCUCCCCCUCAGAGUGUUCUAUUAGACAUAAAUAAUAUAUAAAACCAUAUAGACCGAAUGGAUUAUUCAAGGUUGAGGUAAACCACUUAAUUCAUCACACCGAGUGGCAUUUUAGCCAUUUUACAACACCACCUUGAUGACUCAUGGGGUAACGGUUAGCUUUAGAUGCCCUUUUAAAACAAUUGGAUUGAGAACUAGCGGAUUGAAUGCAUUUCAUUUGAGCAAAGAGUUGUGCAAUAUAUUUUUAUAUUAAGUCUCAAUGCUUUUUGCGUUCUGCGCAGUCACUGAAAGAGCGACGCGGUCGAGCAGAAUGUGAAUGCGUGUGUUCUUGAAUGGAUGCGAUCGGCGGUUAUGCACGUUGGUCGGACAUCGCACUUGUCCUGGGUUUGCGGUUUUGUAUCAUGAAGUAGACAAAAGUACUUGUGCAAGGUGCUUCUUUUGAAAUGUUCAGUUUGUAAUUGCAGAUUGUUUUUUAACGCCUUGUACUUCCAAGACUGUCUUGUCGUUUUCCCCUCGUCACUGUCGCCUUGACAACCUCUUCGGUUUUUUUUUUUUAAAUGUCUUAAUGUCUGUGUGCCCCCAAACCACUUGCCCCGCCCGUCAUGUCAUAAAUAUUUUUGAACCAGUCUUGUAUAUUUAACAGAGGUUGAACCACAUAGAGAAAUGUCUCUCGAAGAUAUUUGUUCGGAGGGAGUUGCUCGGAUACUCAGGCCUCAAGAUGGGAGAAAUAUGUGUGUAUAGGCAAAUGAAUACAUUGUCUUGGGAAAAUAAAAUAACUUAAUGGAGAAACAAAA